AUGCCCCUGGCACUGUGCAUGUGCUCGUGUGUCUUAGUUUCGUUGCCGCCGCCUCGCGCGUGCCUGCGCGCUCCUCGAGUCCCGUCGCUCUCCGUGACCGCGCGCCAUGCACCGCUCUCAACCGCUGCUUGCGUCUGUGCGACUGCAUGCGUGCAGGCGACGAACUGGCAGCUGGAGGAGGCGGUGCAGCUGUUCUUCGGGGGGGGCGCGGAGGCCGCAGGCGCGCAGCAGACUGACGCGCAUGGGGGCAGCGCCGUGGGGCCUGCGGGAGGUUUCCCGAUCCUUUUCCCGCCACCCCUGGCCCUCCUAUCCCCUGUUCACCUUUUCUUUUCCGCUUCCUCCGCCUUCAACGUUCUGGCAUCCCCCCACCACUGCAUCCCCCCACCACCACUACAUCCCCCCACCACUACAUCCCCCCACCACUACAUCCCCCCACCACUACAUCCCCCCACCCGUGCAUCCCCCCACCACUACAUACCCGUGCAUCCCCCCACCCGUGCAUCCCCCCACCCGUGCAUCCCCCCACCCGUGCAUCCCCCCGCCACUACAUCCCCCCACCCGUGCAUCCCCCCACCCGUGCAUCCCCCAACCCGUGCAUCCCCCCACCCGUGCAUCCCCCCACCCGUGCAUCCCCCCACCCGUGCAUCCGCCAGGUCACGUGACGCCACUCCUCCGCCUCGCUCCUCGUCCCCGCCACCCCCGCCAGCAGCAGCAGCAGCAGCAGUAGCAGCAGGAGGAGGGGGUAUGGGCGGCAGCAUGGGGGGCGGGGAGGAGGUGGUGCGGGCGCCGCUGCCAGUGAGGCGGGAGGCGCUAUAUGGGGAUGCAUACGCGCUCAACCGCCCCUCUGCUGCCGCUGCCGGGAGGACGCCUGGAGGGCCCAGUGCGCCGGUGGUGGUGGAUGGGUUUCGGGACUUCGGCGGCGAGGCGGGCACGAGGGCGAGAGCGCGGGGAGAGGGGCAGCAGGGCGGAGAAGGGGGAGCGGCGCGGCAGGCAUCGCUGGCAUCGUUGUUUGAGCCGCCCUAUGACAUCCUGUUUGCUGGCUCCUUCGACCAGGCGAAGCAGCGGGCGGGCGCGGAGGGCAAGUGGCUGCUGGUGAACGUGCAGUCGACGGGGGAGUUCGCGUCGCACAUGCUGAACCGGGACGUGUGGGCCGUGCCAGCUGUCAAGGAGACCAUCUCCACCUACUUCCUCCUCUGGCAGGUGGACGCGGCAGCAGCGGAGGGGGCGAAGGUGUGCGGGUACUACGGGGUGGAGGCGCUGCCCGUGGUGAUGGUGCUGCACCCCUCCACGGGCCAGCGCAAGCGCUGCUGGCAGGGCGCGCUCUCUGCCGACCAGCUGCUUGAGGACCUGAUGCCGUUCAUCGACCGUGGCCCUGUGGGGGGCGCACCCGGGGCGGGGGGGGAGGUACGGCCGCCCAAAAAGCAGCGCGACGUGGCGACGGGAGGGGAGGGGGAGGCAGAGGGCGCGGGGGCAGUGGGGAGCGGCGAGGAGGACGAGCAGGAGCAGCUGCGCCUGGCACUGGCCGCCUCCCUGGAGGGGCACACAGAGGAGGUGGGGGGGGAUACAGAGGGACGGAGGGGCGAGGCAGAUGGGAGGGAGCAGGGUGGGGCCGCAGGGGCAGGCAGGGAUGACACCUUGCAUGCGGCACAAGGGGAGCAGGAGCAGCAGGGGGCGUUGGCAGGAGGGGCAGCAGAGGAGGAGGUUGAGUUACCAGAGGAGCCAGCAGUGGGCACUCCUGCCAGCUGUCGCAUCGCCAUUCGCUGCCCGGAUGGCAGUCGACUGCAGCGUCGGUUCCUCUCCUCGCACUCUCUCCAGCUGCUGAGGGCAUGGUGUCGGCAGCAGGUGCCAGAGGCAGCAGCGGGGAGGCCCUUCCGUCUGUCACAGGCGCUGCCCGGCUCCUCGCCUCUCGACCUCUCUUCGCCCACCACCAUCGCCGAUGCCGGCCUUGCCAACUCCCUGCUUGCCCUCGCCUGGGACUGA